AUCAAAUAUCAUGUAAGCGGUGUUCUCAUCGUUUUAUCAAUGAAAGCUAUUCAAGAGAAAUGAAGGAGUUGAAGCGUCUAUUUCGGCAUAAUUGUUUUAAAUUCUUAUGCUGUCUACUUUAUUAGGAAUGAAAAUAGUACAUGACUGACAGUAUGGCUGCGAUGGAAGUAGAUGAGGCACCGACUGAGGAAGUUCCAGAAGGAAAUCCUGAAGAGUUAACGAGAAAUCCAACUGCAUUAAAAGAAGCUCAUGAGGAAAUGGCUACUUUGGAUGUACUUGUUUGUGGACAGUGUCAUGAAGCUUAUCAUUUCUUGGAAGAAUUUAAAGACCACAAGGAGAAAAAGAAUUGCACAGGCAAAUCACCAGUGAGAGAUAGUAAUGAAAGCAAAGCUCAAGUAUGGGCAUUCCUUUUAUGGAAGUGUGCAUCUGCUCGAGAUGGGUCGACAUCAGUAGAUAACAGUUGGAAGCUUUACCAGCAAUGGUGUCGUAUGCCAGAAGCACAACGCACUACUUGGAUUACUGCUGGAUCUAAUGUGCAGUCCUUGUCUAAGUUUGCUCAUGCUAAAGUGAUGGAAGUGAAAUCUGAUGAUCAACUUGUUCCUGUUCAGACGACAACUGGUGAUGUGAAAAGAAGAGGCAGGCCAAAGAAAAAACAGGAAGAGACUGAACCUCAGCCAUCUGGAGAGGAGAGCGAUGAUAAGUCAAACAAAGCUGUUUCCAAACCAAUUAUUUCAACAGCUAAAGUGAAGCAGGAGGAUAACGAAAGCAUCCGCGGUGCGCAAGAGCGUGUUCCAGCGGCGGAGCGUAUUGCGCGGCGGACGGAGCGGGAUGCGGCACCUGGAGAGGUCUCGCAGCAGUUUGUGGUUGAGAAGAUUUUGGCAAAGAGGUUCAACCCACGGCGGAAGCAUUAUGAAUAUCUGCUCAAGUGGGAGGGUUAUCCGCAUGAGCAGAACACAUGGGAGCCAGUAGAAAAUAUGGAUACAUGCAAACACUUGCUGGAGGCAUUCGAGAAACAACUUGCCAGGCAGAAAGAGCUUAAGGCGCUAAGGGCACAACAACAAGCUCAAAAUACAGUUCAGGUAAAGCAAACCAGUACUCCAUUGCCGCAAGUCGUUAAACAGAUGGUGAAGAAAAAUGAAUCUCCCACAUUAACUCCUACAGGUCGCCUACAACGUAGCAGUAAGGCCCGUGCCUUAGACCAAGUGAAAGCUUGGUGUGGCAACGCAGACGAUGAACCUCCCAGCAAACGGGUCAGGCAUUCUUCUGACAAUGACUACUCCGAACCUGAUGAACCCAAAGUGGAAGUAAGAAGUGUCGUGAACGGUCAGCCGUCUCCAAAGUCAUCAUCAGUGGACCCAGAAUUGGUAAAGUCGCUAGGACUAAGUGGCAAAGGGAUGCCUAACAUUAAGGGUGUCAUCAAAGUUGACCCUAAACACAUGCCUAGCUUGAGUACAGGUGUGUACAUAAUGUCAAAAAGCUCUGGUAUUAUGAAGAUCAACUCACCUGGAAAAAUUGGACCCGGUCUAAAUAUAGACCAAGAAGUUAUCAAGAAGCAGAUUAUGGCUGCCAAACAGAAAAAAAUGGAAGAAAACAGAAAACAGUCGAUGUCGUCACCAACUACACAGGUGAAGAAAACAUAUGGACCAGCAGGGCAACAGGUGACCGAGAAGACCAUAAUCACUCCGUCUGGACAGAAGAUUAUACAGAGGACGAUACAAAGGCCUGUUCAAUCUUCAGGGUCUGAUGGGAAGUCACCCGUAACGAUAUUAAACAAGAAGUUGGCACAGUCCCAGAGCGCGGGUGACAGCCUGUUACGUCGAGGUGGGACCAUGAGGGGUCGCGGCCGAGGUUCAUUCUCACUCUCGCCCGCCGUACGGCUUAAGGAGAAGUCUGUCUCGUUCGAUUUUGAUAAGUGGAGCACAUCGUCAGAGUCGUCUGACGGCGUGGAAGACCCCUUCCCUAAGGAGCUGGGUCCGAUUCCGCCGACCAGCCCCGAUCGGCCGCUGACCCUCUGCCCUCGGACGGGCAAACGUCUGGCCAGGGCGGAGAACGAGCCCACGCCACCGCCCACGCCUUCGCCGCCGCCCACGCCUCCGCCCGACACGCAGGCGCAGGGCACUAUGCUUAUGAAGGUGGAAAUGUCACCUGGUGGUACAACGGGAAUAGUUGUGCAAGGAGACGGUGCUCAGCCCUCACUACCAAUGCUGACAGACGAAGAUGGUACGGAGGUAAAAGUAGAGUCAAGUGCAGUGAAGCAAUUAUUAGAAGAGGGAGUAGGCGAGGAUGAGACUGAAGAAGUGGGACUGCAAUUACAUACGGGACAUCCGCUCAUGAUACGAGGGGAAGAUGGGGUACUCUACCAGGUCGCGGGUGAAAACGAAGCUGGUCAGACUUUACUAGUGGCAGCGGAAGGCGUAGAGGGCACAGAGGAGGGAGCGGGGGAAGGAGACGGGGAAGGCGUUAUGUACGUCACGAGGGAGGAUGGACAGACGUUAUUAGUAUCGACGCAAGGCGUACAAGGUACCGUCGAGGGAGUAGAAGGUGGAGCUGAAGGGGAGGGGGAGGGAGUUACAUAUGUCACCAGAGGAGAAGAUGGACAGGACGUGCUAACAAUAGACCCAGGGCAACUGGCAGCUCUGCUCCCGGGCGGGGAGGCGGGAGGUCUGCAGCAGGUGGCCGUGCAAGUGGAGGGCGAGGGGGGGGAGGACGCCACGCAAGUCAUUGCGCAGCUCGUGCAGGCCGAUCUUCCUUCGCCAGGUGGAACGCGACGUGUAGUUCUGCUAUUACCCGAUGGAAGCUUUACAAUGACCGAAUUGGACAAGGAGCAAUACGAAUCGAUCACUGAGGCUGGCAAGACCCAGGAGUAAUGACUGAUUUAACAUAAGUUCGUAAUUAAUGUUGUGGAUUUUUUAAGUCGGUUAAAAGAACUAUUGCUUCUGUUAUGAGAUGUCAGUUCUUAAAUUGUGUAUAGCUCUGAAAGUGCUAUGUUUAUUGACAUGCUAAAAUAAUAUAAGUUAUUGUUAAUAGAGAAAUGUUAAGUGUUCUAUUAAAUGGAUAUGAAAAAAUAUAGUUUAAAUUAAUCCGUAAUAAGUAAAAUGUUUUUAUGUGUGAACUAUUAGAUGUGCCACAUGAGUGAAACAUACAUAAAUUGUUAAUUUUAAAAGUUUUAUCAAUUUCACAAAAAUAAAUUCAUCAUAUUUACUGUAUUAAAAUCAAAAUAAAUUUUCAUAUUUGUAAUUUAUUUUAUACAAGAUAGUUUAUCUUGAUCUAAAGAAAAAAUUGCAGAGAGAUUCUCGUGUAUACAUUUUCGUUUUAAAAAUUAACAAAAAUCUUCAAACUUAAGAUUAAUUAUUAAUAAUUACUAGGAUUAGAGUUAAUAUGGUGUGAAUUAUCAUGGUAAGGUAAUGAUUCUGAAACGUAACGUACGUGACGUAAGAGCUGACUCUUACGUAACGUACGUGACGUAAGAGUUGACUCUUAUAGGGUAUCAGAAAGGCUAAAUCUGAAAUUAACGACCUUAUUUCCAUACAAACAAUGGUCCAUGGUAAUAAGUACCUUACUAAUUUCUACAUUUUAUUUUAUAAUUAAAAAAUAUAUUUUUUAAUUUUUUAAAUAAAUUAAAAAUCUAGUUAUUUCCGUUCAAUUAAGUUAAGGCAACUUUGGUUGUCACCAACCCGAAAUGUCAGGUUUUAUUUAGACCGUUAUGUUAUACUGACCUCACUUGAAAUUGAUAAAAACCUGUUUUAAAUUAAUUUUAAUACUUUAUAUUUGAAUAAUUUUAACGGUAAUUUGGCAUUGUUAAAAACAAAGUGAGGAAAUCCAUGGCAUGGUUUAAACAUAUAAAUCGACCACCAAUGGGUUUCUAUGGGCUGUGACGACUGCCUUUUUGGGCGUCCCGCGGGCUUUUCUGCCUCCCAAAUAUGUUUAAAAAAAACUUGCCUAUUAUGAAAAUAAUUUUCAAGAAACAGAUAUCUGAGGCUAAGACUUUUUUAGUUUUACAGCUACUGCUUCUUUUGUAUUUUACUCAAUUAAAAUAUUCAAAUUCACACAAUUUCUAAGUGUAUAUUUAAAAAAAUAGUCCCAAUUCAUGGCCUCACAAAUGAUGGAGUUCAUACUAAACUGUAUAAAAAGUGGCAUUGAACCAUCCAGUUAACAAACUGUCUGAACGUAAUAAAUUCUAUUUUCACUUUUGACUUCUAGAAAAAGUAUUUCUACAUUUUUUAAAUACAGAGAUGACAUUUUAUUAUAUUUUAGCCUCAUAAAAUUCAUUUGCAUGACUAUUUUCUAUAUGAAUAUUAGCUCAGCUUAUUAUUUUAAAAUGUAAGAAUUCUACAAUUUAGCUUAAAGUAGACAUGUGUUUAUCAUAAAUACAACAAUGACUUCAUAUUUUACAUAUUGUAUAUAAUUAUACAUUGUAAAUAAACAUCUAAUUAACUGAAACUAUGACAAGUGAAAAAAUAUAUAUAAAAAAUGCGCGAUAAUACAUAAAAUUCGGUGACCAAUGUUAAUAUAGAUAGAAGUGACUUAUAGUAGCUGUUAUAAUUAAAUAGUAGAUAGUAAUAGUUUCUGAACUAUCAAAAUAAAUAUAUAAAUAUGAUAGUGGUCAUUUUUAUUGUGCUGAGAGUUUUCCCGAAAAAAAUAUUUUGGGCUGGUCUCAUCACUUGCCUAUAAAGAUAAUAAUAUAAAUAGGAUGUAAAAAUAAGUAAAACAGAUAAUAAAAAUGUCUGUCUUGCAAUGAGGAUUUCAUUGUUUUCUAUAGUAAUUGAGUUGCCAAUAUAUUAGUGGUGUAUUGGUCAUAGUUAUAGGCGAUAAAAAUGUCUUCUGACCAUUUGUAAUAUAAUGAGUAAUUUCAUUUUUUAAAUAAAUUUUAUUUAAAAUAA